CUACGAGCCAUUUUCAUGGCUCGAUUCCUCGCCGUUUUUCUUUUCUUCUCUCUCGCCUACGCCGCUGCUCGGCUGCCGGCCGACGAAGUUGAGGCGUUGAGGGUGAUCGGAAGAACGUUGGGGAAGGCAAAUUGGAAUUUCACGUCGGAUCCAUGCGGCGGUGUGAACGGCGAUUGGGUAACAACUUCUAUGGAAUUGGGGUUUACUAAUAAUCUCACAUGUAACUGCAAUUUCCAGAAUGGCAAAGUUUGUCACGUCACUAAAAUACGUCUAAGAUCACUGAACCUUCCGGGUACUCUGCCACCACAAAUAGCGAAUCUGACUUACUUGGAAGAACUUGAUCUUUCCCGCAACUAUCUCAGUGGAUCAAUUCCUCCAGAAUGGGGUCUCACAAAGCUUGUCAACCUUUCCCUUCUUGGAAAUCAAUUGACGGGUCCAAUUCCUAAAGAGAUUGGAAACAUCGGCACUCUUAAAGAGUUGAUCCUUGAAGUUAAUUAUUUUUCUGGAAGUCUACCUCAAGAACUUGGAAAGUUGAAGAGCUUAACAAGAUUACUUAUUUCCUCAAACAACUUUACUGGGGAGCUCCCAUCUUCACUGGGAAAGAUAACCACAAUGACGGAUCUUCGAAUUAGUGAUAAUAACUUCACAGGACCAAUACCUAACUUCAUUCAGAAUUGGCCAAAGCUUAUAACACUAUCUAUUCAGGCAAGUGGGCUGAGUGGACCAAUUCCUCCUCUAAUUUCACGUUUGACAUUAUUAGUUGAUCUGAGAAUCAGUGACUUGAAUGGAGGUUCAUCGCGAUUUCCACUAGUUAAUACUUUGACGAACUUAAAAACCCUGAUAUUGAGGAGUUGCAAUAUAAUUGGGAUGCUGCCUCCCACGUUUAAUGGAUUGGAUAACGCGAAAACCAUAGACUUUAGCUUCAACAAAAUUACUGGACCAAUACCUCCCGGCUUUGAAGUUUUGAAACAAGUGGAUAGAAUAUAUUUAGCUGGAAACAUGCUAAGUGGAGCUGUGCCUCGUUGGAUGCUGCAGGAGGGAGAAAACAUUGAUCUCUCUUAUAACAAAUUUACCGAGACAGAUUUUCAGGCCACUGGAUGUGAAGCAAGAAGCUUAAACCUGUUCGCGAGCUCUGCACAAGACAUUAGUUCUGGAACAGUUUCAUGUUUAGCGGGCUCUUGUGAUAAAACUUGGUACUCUCUCCAUAUCAAUUGCGGUGGGAAGGAAGAUUUAGUAAACGGAACAGUCAGGUAUGAUGGAGACACAAACACAGGCAAAUCAUCAUUGUUUUUUCAAGGUGGAGCUAAUUGGGGAUUUAGCAACACUGGUAGUUUUAUGGACGAUGAUCGCUCAACAGAUGACUUUAUUGCAUUAAGUCCACCUGAACUCCCAAUGAAAGGUCUUGAAUUGUACACGAGUGCACGGAUUUCUCCAAUCUCUCUUAGUUAUUAUGCAUAUUGCAUGGGUAAUGGAAAAUACACAUUAAGCCUCCAUUUUGCUGAGAUAGAGUUCGGUUAUGUCAGAACAUACAAAAGCCUUGGCAGACGCGUAUUUGAUGUCUACGUUCAGAGAGUGCUGGUGUUGAAGGAUUUCAAUAUUGCAGAUGAAGCAGGUGGUGUUGGCAAACCUCUUAUAAAGAAAUUUCCUGUUUCUAUUACUAAUGGUACUGUAGAGGUCCGCUUAUUUUGGGCUGGGAAGGGGACAAAUUCAAUCCCUUCAAGAGGAACUUAUGGUCCUCUAAUUUCAGCCAUUUCUCUUGUACCUGACUUUGAUCCACCAACAGAAGGUGGAAGUGCCAUAUCUGCUGGUGUAGUGGUUGGAAUUGUGGCUGCUGUGGUCUUUUUUAUCAUCUUGCUUCUUGGAGUCUUGUGGUGGAGAGGCAGCCAAAGAAAGAAAAGCACACUUGAACAAGAGUUGAAGGACCUCGAUCUAGGAACAGGAUCAUUUUCAUUAAGACAAAUUAAAGCUUCUACUAAGAAUUUUGAUGUUGCCAAUAAGAUCGGAGAAGGUGGUUUUGGUCCUGUUUACAAGGGAGUUCUUAAUGAUGGCAGUGUAAUCGCAGUGAAGCAACUUUCUUCAAAGUCAAAGCAAGGAAAUCGUGAAUUUUUGAAUGAGAUAGGCAUGAUAUCUGCAUUGCAGCACCCUCAUCUAGUGAAGCUUUUUGGAUGUUGUAUUGAAGGAGAUCAACUUUUGCUAAUCUACGAGUAUCUGGAAAAUAAUAGCCUUGCUCGUGCCUUAUUCGGACCUGAAGAAUAUCAACUGAAAUUGGAUUGGCCAACAAGGCAGAAGAUUUGUGUUGGUAUUGCUAAAGGUUUAGCAUAUCUUCAUGAUGAGUCAAGAUUAAAGAUCGUUCACCGAGAUAUCAAAGCUACCAAUGUUCUUCUCGAUAAAAAACUAAACCCUAAGAUUUCCGACUUUGGCUUGGCCAGGCUGGAUGACGAAGGAAAUACACACAUCAGCACACGGGUUGCUGGAACCUAUGGAUACAUGGCACCAGAAUAUGCAAUGCGAGGCUACUUAACUGAUAAAGCAGAUGUUUACAGCUUUGGUGUGGUGGCAUUAGAAAUCGUGGGUGGUCGAAGCAACACAAGUUUUGGAACCAAGGAUGAUUGCUUAUACCUUCUUGACUAUGCUAAUCUUUUAAAAGUAAGAGGGGAUUUACUAGACCUUGUCGAUUCACGGUUAGGCUCUGAUUUCAACAAGACAGAGGCGAUGACGAUGAUCAAUAUCGCUCUUCAAUGCACGGACAUCAGUGCUGCAGAUAGACCAUCAAUGUCAACAGUAGUUGGGAUAUUGGAAGGGAAAAUUGCCGUGGAGGAGUUGGCUUCAGAUCCCAAUGUCUCAAAGCAAGAUGUGAAUGCAAUGUGGUGCCAGAUUUAUCGCCAGAAAGGGAAGACGAUGAGCGAAACGCAAAGUAUGUUGACAUGUGAGAGCGAGAGCGAGACACAAAGUAUGUUGAUGGAUGGACCAUGGACUGAUUCUUCAAUUGCUGACAGUGAUUCCCAUCCCCAUCAUGGUUGAUUCUAAAUAUAGUUGGAGAAUAGGAUUUAGUGAUUGUAUUAACAGGUAACUAUGUAAGCAUUCAAUUACUUUAUGAUGUAUGCUGUUAGCUGUUCCACAUUCUUUUAUUCUUUAUUCUUUUAUUCUUUUAUUCUUUAUUCUUUAUUCUUUUUAAGUUAAUAUGAACCGAGUUGAACGGUAAUUGACAUGUAAUCCUUUCUUUAAAGCUGGGAUAAGGUUAAAAAUAUAAUUUGUUUAACUCGUAUUGAGCCAAA